GUGAAUGGACCGGAUCGAGCGAUUGUGGCCUUGAACACGGUCUCCAGGGGGGCGUGGCAUACAUGAAAUAGGGAAUGGUAAAUAAGCCGACCCCGCGUAGCGUAAUAUGCCGCCUAUGUUCCGGGAAACGUUUACAUAAACAGGUGACCUUAGGUCUGGUGCGCGGAAACGUUUCCAUGUUUUUUGGAGGUUCAGACUUCAGAUCAUAGGGAAACAAAACCACAAUCAGCUGAUCGAGUGUCGCUUCUAGAUUGUUCUAUGGUUUGACCACCUUGGAUCUCGGCGUCCACCGACUGCGAUACUAACUAUUCGAUUGUUCGAUGCAGCAUUCGAUUAUUUCGUCAUUCGAUAGACCGUAUAGGCAGUAUUAACACUAUUAGAUACGUAUUAGGUUUUGUGCCAUAAUAUGGCAUAUUUUACAUGACUGAAAUCGAUUGAAUUGAAAGUCGGUUAUCGAUUGUCAGUCGUUAAAAUAUAGCCGAUAGUGCCGAUAGGUAAAUAGACUUCAUGACGGACGCCGGCCAUGGAAAAUGAAUGAUGGUUACAGCUUACUACGUAGCGAGGUGUUUAUUUUUUUUUUGUGAAUAUAAAUGUGUCUUGAUAUGUUUCAAUUUACGUCGUCUUUUGCCUCUAUUAAUUUUGAAUUCAUUGUGACACACUGUCCUGUGUUGUUGGACUACCCAUCAUUAGCUAGGAAAUGAAUGUAAACAAAAUAACUUUUGUUUCGAUGUAAUUAUUUAUGGAUCUUGAAACUGAAAUGGAAAGUAAAUCUAAUAAGCAAUCUAAUUCUGGGAUUGUACACGCAUGUGAUGCAGAAGAAUAUGAUGAUGAGAAUGAAUAUUGUGUUAUUGUUAAUAAAGGAGGACAACAACUAUUACCUGCUGAUAUAAUGCUAUUAGUAAAAAAUAUAUGUGCUAUAGAUGAUGAACCAUAGGCAAUUGAAGAAGAUGAUGACUACAAUAAUUCAGAUGAUCCAAAAAUGUUACCACUAAAAACAGUUGGUGAAAAAAAAAUGGAAAAAUCUAGUUCAGUUUCUUUAAAAAAAUUUCCCAAACCACAAAGAAAAAGAAGUAAAAUGUCAUCUUAAAAAUAAUGAUAAUGAAAUGUACAUAAAUUCUGCAUUUGGUAAAAUAUUUGAAGAUAUUUUUGAUACAUAUAACGCCAUAAAUACAGGACAAUUAAAAGCAGAAGAGAAAUCUUAUUUAAGUAAGCAACUAAUUUUAAAUAAAAAUAUAAAUAAUGACCAGGACUUAGAUGAAACCAAUAAUAUUAUAUGGAAUGCUAUUAACAUAGCUAGUACAUCUUGUUCCACAUCCAUACCUGGCCCUUCAUGUUCAACCGACCUACCGGGUUCAUAUUGUUCUACACCUUUACCUGGCCCUUCAUGUUCAACCGACCUACCGGGUUCAUACUGUUCUACAUCUUUACCUGUCCCUUCAUGUUCAACCGACCUACCUGGUCCAUCUUGUUGUAGAUCCUUACUUGACACUUCAUGGUUAACCGCGUCACCUGGUCUAUCUUAUUCUUUAUCUAGCUUUUCAUGUUUGACUGAUUUACAGAGUCCAUCUUGUUCUACAUCUUUACCUUGCCCUUCAUGUUUAACCGACCUACCUGGUUCUUCUUGUUUUAGAUACUUACCAGGCUCAUAUAAUUCUAAACUUUCACCAAGUAAAUAAGAUGUAAUUUUUAACAAUUUAAAUAUUAAAAAAGGCAAUGGUAUGGUAAAUGUAAUUAAUACAAAUUGCAAUGAUCUUUUUAGACCAAUGGAAAUAGUUAAAACUAAUAAUGAUACAAACCAAGACUGUUCGAAAUUUCCAGAAUUAGUUAGCAAUGAUAAUUUAGGGAGUUUUGAAUGUUUUCAAGAUGACCCUGAUAUUGUAAGCCCUGAAAUUAUGUAUAAUAUUGAACUUAAUGAACAUUACAAAAAUAUGGAUCUAUUAGUUCAAAAAAUUACAAAUGCAACUUCCAAUCAACAAAAGAAACCAUAUUCAAUGAAUGUAGACAACUUCUGCCGAUCCCUGAAAUUGAACUUGAGCCCCGAAUAUUUACCGACGACAAAUGUUCAACAUUUUCAAAAGGCAUUUGUGAAUGGGAGUAUAAAAUUGAUCAUGAUAAUUGGGAAAAAAUAAUGUUAAAACGUGCAGGUAUAUUUACCGCUCAUGUUGGAUUUGAAGAAACAAAUAAAGAUACAUUGCUUACAUUAGCUGAUAUAACUACUCGUUAUAUAAAACGGAUAGCUGUUAUAAUGAAAAAGAAUUUUGAUCUCCAAAACAAUAGUUCUUUUUCGGAAAAAAUUGAUCUUAUUGAUAAUAGUCUUCAAGAAAUUGGUUUGAAAGGUGGCUUAAGGGAACUGGUCAAACAUUAUGAUAAUGAUGUAUUUGGUAGACGUAAAGCAGUUACAGAGAAGUGUAAAGAACUGCAAAAGAUUAUUAACCAGUUUGUUGAAGGCGUCAAAAAUUCACUUCAUGAUAAGACUGUUGAAGAAACCUCAACAAAUGAAGUUAUUACCAAGGACAGUUUUAUAGUUAAAGAAAAUAAAACAAGCUGAAUCGAAAUCUACAAUGAAAACAAAAAUCUUCUACUGAAGAAAAUGCUGAUAUUCAGUAAAUAGAACCUGUAGAUAUAAUAUAUUGAUAUUUUUACAAUACUAAAUUUUAUUUCAUGUUUGUUUUUUUCAUUGUAUUUCCAAGAUUUUUGGGAUUAUAGGUGAUUAAAUUAACUGAAAUUAUGUUUUUAAUCUUCUAACAUUAAUGCCACAUGUUAAAUAUCUACUUUAUCUAUCUAGUACUUUGUCUUUGAAUUCAAUUCAACCUUAUUCUCGGUGUUUUUCUUACAUACAUUUAUGGAUUGAAAUGUUUUUGAUUAGUAAUAAUUAUUGAUAAACUAGAAUUUUAAAAACUUAUCGAUAAACUGAGUUUUCAUGUAAGAGUAUUUCCUUAAAGAAUGUUUUAUUAUAUGUUACAAAUUAUUUUUCAAACUAAUGAAUAUAACAAAAU